GAAUAAAGUCAGAACUCAAUUUUUUUUUCUUGUGUGGCCCUAAUCCUCUUCCGUAGAGACGAAAUUCAAGUCAACUCCAAUUAAGCAAACUGGUGCUAAAUGUGUGGACUACAUAACGUUACCAUUUAAUGAUCUCCUCCUCAGCAUGCAGUCUUUUCUGCUUGAUUUCCACCAGUUUGCGACCGUUUUCUUGGAUGGCCUCCUGCAGCUCUUUGAUCUGAUCCUACAAUUUAACGAGACAAGACUUUAAUUACAACGUAAACACAGCCUAAUGUAGGUUUUCUCUCGAAGAGGUAAAAUGGCAACACUGAAGACAUCUGACUGGCAAAGAUGGAGCGGAUUAUCCUCAUGUGCCUGGUUUCCACCUGUCUCUCGGUCGUAAAUGCUCAGAAAUUUUUGUUCAGCCCAAAAUGGGGCCCCGUUGGCUAUAAAGAACGUGAAGAGAAGGAUGGGACAGCAAUGGAUGAAAUCAUUAAAACUAAUGAGUUCCAAGCUUCCCGAAUCAUAGAUGGCACCACCAGUCUGAGGGAGGGAGACAUUGCUGUUUCUGCUGGAAGACGCUCCAAAGUCUGCUUCGCUCGUAGCUGCCUCUGGGCCAAGUCAGUGGAUGGACAUGUCUAUGUGGCAUAUCACUUCUCACCUGAAUACUCUGAAAUGGAGACAAAGCAGAUAAAGAAAGCAAUGGAAGGCGUAGAGAAAGGUACCUGUGUGCGGUUUGUUCCUCGGACUCACCAGCGAGACUACAUCGACAUCCAGCCAAAGUCUGGCUGUUGGUCCUACCUCGGUGCUCGUGGUGGAAGACAGACCGUGUCUCUGCAGAGCCCCGGCUGUCUUCGUGUUGGAGUGAUCGCCCACGAGUUCAUGCAUUCUCUGGGCUUCGUGCACGAGCAGUCCCGCUUUGACCGGGACAACUAUGUCACCAUCAUGUGGCCGAACAUUUGGAGGGAUCGCCUGAGGAACUUUGAGAAAUUCAAGACUGACAAUCUGGACCUGCCAUAUGACUACGGCUCAAUCAUGCACUUUGGGAUGUAUGCCUACUCUCAGGACGGGGCGCCAACCAUCAUUCCUAAAAACAGCCAGAACAGCAAGGACAUAAAGCUGGGCCAGGCGUCGAGUCUCAGCCACAUUGACAAGAUGAAAAUCAACAAGCUUUAUAAAUGUGGUGGCAAGGACGAUUAUUAACCAAACUGAACUGAGGAGAAAUGGAAAAUGUCCUGAAAGCGAAUAUAAUAAAUUGAUUGUUAAAUCAUGGAACCAAUUUCAAUAAAGAUUAAUUCAAGCUUUCUAUCAGCAUUUCCUCUGUGUGCAUGCUGUCCUGUGUGUUCAAUCAAGCCUUCUCGUCAUGUUGGGAAAGUGAGUUGGGGUGUAAAAAAUGUUUUUGUAAGGAGAGUUUUCAUCUAGUUGUCCAGAUCCACCCCACUUUACAGCAUAUUAUGCCAUU